AUGACCAAUGUGUAUACCUUGAAAGAUAUUAAUAAUAAAGGUCAUCGGCUUGGUAGUGCGUAUGAGCAAGAGCUCGAAAAAAAAUUGUAUACCACUCUUAGUUCUAAAGCCGAAAUUAAUGAUCUUUGUGAAAAGUUGUUGGCUAAAAAUUCAGAGUAUUCGGAGCGAGAGGAGGAUAUUGAAAAUAAGAUUAGCCAGUUAAAUACGUCCAGUACUAAAGUUAGAUCCCAACUCAUUUCUGAACGGAAGUCUCAUUCUGAAAGUCAACGUGGACUUGAAGCCAAAUAUACUGCUGAAAUCCAAUCGCUCAAAUCAGAGAUUAAAACACUGAAGAGAAAGGCGACUUUGGCCCAGAAAGCUUCGUCCGCUGACAAGGUCCAGAUUCUUUCUCUUGAAACUAAAAUACGCGAAUUGGAAGGUAAGUUGGAGGACAUAGAUCUAGAGCGUACAUAUCAUGAUUUGGAUGUAAUGGGAGGGGUGGUAGAAGAGCCGGCCCAAAUAAGCUCAUCCGAAAUAGAAUCUCUCAGGCUUAAAUUGGAACGAGCGAAUGAGGACCGUAAUUCGAAAGAAUAUACAAUAGAAUAUAUGGAAAAAGGGAUAGAAGCAACACAUGAGAUAACCAGUCGGAAAAUAGAUAGCCGGUCUUCAGAACGAUUAAAAUUAAUGGAGGAAAAUAGGUCCCUCAAGGACCAGUUAGCGUUAAAGAAAAAUACUUCGUCCCAAAUAAUUUCAAGUGAGGGGAUUCCUUUGGAAUCAGGUGGCGCAGAAGCAGUACCAUUGUCCCAAGAAAUAUCUCUAGCACCGGCUAUUCCUGUCGUUGCGAGUUCUCUAAUAUUGCCGAUGAUAACAUAUUCCAUGCUUGCCUUACUACUGAUUGUGGUUAUAUGGCUCGUGGUCAGGAAAUGGUGGAAUCUAUGGGGUAUGAAUAAAAAAAAUGAUCGAUAUUUCACACACGAAAAAUAUAUAAAUAGGCCAGAUAUUUAUUAUCUCAAUACCUAA